AGAUGAACUGCAGUCAUGAUCUUGGUGGCAGCGCGUGUUCAGUCUGUCAGUCGAUGCAGAGACAGACAGGAAGAUAACGACAUCAUGAUCAGAAACAUCAACAGGAUCACUCUGCUGCUUCUCUGGCUCUCCUGUUGUUCACUGAGCACUAAGGUCCAUCAGUCUCCAUCAUCAAUAUUAGGAAACCCUAAUGUUUCAGCAACAAUCAGCUGCAACCAUUCAGUCAGUUCAUACAAUGUAAUACUGUGGUACCAGCAGCCGACGGGCGACUCUGGCCUGCAUCUCAUUGGAUAUCUUCUAUAUAAUAACCCGACCCUUGAGGAUCCAUUCAGACAGCAUUUUAAUGUGACUGGAGAUGGCUCAGUGAAAUCUCAACUUCAUGUACUAAAACUCAGACAGCCAGAAGACAGCGGCGUGUAUUACUGUGCAGCUAGUGGACAGGGAGCUAAUUACGAAGCCUACUUCGGCCAGGGAACUAAAGUGACUGUUCUCGAAGACGGUCUUACAAUCACCCCACCAACAGUGCAAGUGCUUCGACCUUCAUCAAAGGAGUGUGGAAACGACGAUGCACCGAAGAAGACCAUCGUGUGUGUGGCCAGCGGAUUCUACCCAGACCACGUCAGUGUAUCCUGGCAGGUCGACGGGGAGGCCGUCACCACUGGUGUGGCCACAGACAACGCUGCCCUGCGGGAAGACGACUUUUACAAAAUCACCAGCAGGCUGAGGGUCUCCACCAAAAACUGGUUCAAUCCUGAAACAGUAUUCACCUGCACCGUCAGCUUCUACAAUGGGACACACACUGAAACGUAUUCUGACUCUCUUCAUGGGGAAGAAGGAGGAGGCAUGACGAGAGAGAAAUAUUUGAGGAGCACGCAGACUGCCAAACUCUCCUACGGUGUUCUCAUCAUCAAGAGCAGCAUCUAUGGAGCCUGUGUAGCGUUUCUGGUGUGGAAGCUGCAGAGAUCAGCUGGGAAGCAGAACCACUGAGAGCUGAGAGCUGAACAAUAGAUGUUGGACGUCAAUAAUGUUGGUUUCUGGAAAAUGUUACAUAUUCACAACAGCUAAAAUAGAUUUCCAGUUUUAUGCAUAUUCUUGCUGAAGCUAAUUAGCAAAUACUUUGCAUCACAUCUUUAAAAUACUUAUAAUUGUUUUUGUAUCGCUUGUUUGCUAAAUUUCCUUUUCAAUAAAGUGUUAAAAGAUCUCAA